AUGGCCUCGCUGUUCACCACUUCUCCAAUGAAGAAAACCCAUCCACCACCACUCCCUCCUCAUCCUGUACAUAUACCUCCACAGAACAUCAACGUCUCAAGUGGAUAUACCGAUGCUCAUCCGUCUGACGAUGACAUGUUCAAGCGCAGGUACACCGCAAUACAAGAUAUAAUCAACGAAUUAGAAGAUGAGAAUAACCUGAUAGCUUAUCGAAUAGCCAAAAUCAAGAAAGAGAGGAUAGAAGCUGAACGAGCUGCCAUUGCUCAAGCUGAAGCUGAAGCCGAAGCCGAGGCUCAAGCCCAAGCUCAAGCUCAAGCUCAAGCUCACUUCGAGGCAAAAGCAGAAGCGGAAGCAGAAAGGGUAAGACAACAAAAGAUGGAAUAUGACAAUGAUCGCUUGGAAGAUGAGGACCAGGAAGAUAUAGAUGAAUUGGAUGUAAUAGGAAAUGAUCCUGAAACUGAACGAUCUCAUGACAUACCGCAAGAUGACGAGGAUAUCGAUAUGGACGAUUACUAG